CGGUGGGGGGUGGGGGAUGGAUCGAGCCUCGGGUCGUUCGGAUGGGGGUUCGGAUGGGGGUUCGGAUGGGGGUUCGGGAAGGCCUGGCGGGUAAGAUUCCACGCCUUGGCUCUGCACCGGACCCUCCACCCCUGGCUGCGUCGGCUCCCUACUUAGGAGCGAGAGCCCGAAAGAGCAUCCCGACAGGGGGCCUUCCAGCCCCGAAGCAUCUCGUCCGGAGACCCCCAGUGCUAACCUUGAAGUUCGAGGCCCCCGGGGGAGUUCGCUUCUAACCUUCUGUAAGGCUAAAGGGGCCGAGGCUGCCCGGUCCUAGCUUGGUUUGGUAGGUAGGCCUUGGGGAGUGGAGCAUGGGGCAGAGCGCCCGGCGUUCAGCCUUCAUCCCCUGUUCCCCCUGCCAGUGGGGUGCCGACGCGCGGGCAGCAUGACUACGGAAACCUUCGUGAAGGACAUCAAGCCGGGGCUGAAGAAUCUGAACCUCAUCUUCAUUGUGCUGGAGACAGGUCGAGUGACCAAGACAAAGGACGGGCACGAGGUUCGGACCUGCAAAGUGGCCGACAAAACUGGCAGCAUCAAUAUCUCUGUCUGGGACGACGUGGGCAACCUGAUCCAGCCCGGGGAUAUCAUCCGACUCACCAAAGGGUAUGCGUCAGUGUUCAAAGGUUGUCUGACUCUGUACACUGGCCGUGGGGGCGAUCUGCAGAAGAUUGGAGAAUUCUGUAUGGUUUAUUCUGAGGUUCCUAACUUCAGUGAGCCCAACCCGGAGUACAGCACCCAGCAGGCACCCAGCAAAGCUGUGCAGAACGACAACAGCCCUACAGCCGCCCAGGCUGCCCCCGGACCCCCUGCAGUCUCUCCAG